CUCAGCUCCUGUGCCUCUGCCCUCUCACCAUUGUAGUACAGCUCCUGACACACCACAGGCCUCUCUCUCUAUCUCUCUCUCAAACAAGCUUGGAUUCCUGGUAGUGCAAGCAAAGCAAGAACCAGAAGCUAGUACUAGUAUUUCUCUUGCUCCCUCCCUCUCUUAUUUCUCCUGGUUAUUGCAUACUACAUCAGAGACAACAAGCUCUCCCCUUCUUCAUCACCUCUCCUCCCAUUGGCCAUCUCUAACUCAUAGGCUCCUCCCAGUAUACCUUUUCCUUCUCUUGUAUUUUUCUUACCACUUUGUAGUUUGUAGCUUGUAGCCUGCAAGGUGCUUUCUUACUGCAGUGGUGGUGGAGGCUAUUGUUUGAGAAGACAUGAGCUUGGUCCCUCUUUGCCCUCCUGAUUAGCCCUUGGCACCACUACAAGAUUUGCAGUGGAACAGGAGCUGCAAGGAAAGGGAGCAAGAAAGGCAUCAAGAAUGGAUCUUUCCGGACCGCAGGGCGAGCUGCCGAUGGCAAUGCACGGCGGCGGCGGCGGCUUGCCGUAUCUGGGUCUGCACCACGAGCAUGAGCAGCAGCAGCAUCACCACCACCAUGGCGCCAAUGGCCGGCACAUGUCGCCGCCGGAGGUGUCGGAGGAGUCCAAGAACAGGCAGGUGGUGGCGGUGGUGUCCGCCGCCUCAGGAGGUGGCGGAGGAGGGAUGAGGUACCGGGAGUGCCUCAAGAACCACGCGGCGGCCAUCGGCGGGAGCGCGACGGACGGGUGCGGCGAGUUCAUGCCGGCGGGGGAGGAGGGCUCGCUGGACGCGCUCCGGUGCUCCGCCUGCGGGUGCCACCGCAACUUCCACCGCAAGGAGCCCCCCGGCGGCGACGGCGUCGGCGGGUGGCAGCUGUACCAGCACCACCAGCUGGCCGGCGGCCCUCUGAGCCCGCUCCACCACCACCACCGCGGGCUCCUGGUGGCUGCACUGCCCCCGACGCCGACUCGCAUGGUGAUGCCGCUGAACGCCGCCACCAUGCAGCAGCUGCAUUACCACAACACGUCGGCGGAGUCCGACGACGCUCGGGCUCCCCAGCCGCCGGCGCGGAAGCGGUUCCGGACCAAGUUCACGGCGGAGCAGAAGGCGCGCAUGCUGGGGUUCGCGGAGGAGGUCGGGUGGCGGCUGCAGAAGCUGGAGGACGCCGUCGUGCAGCGCUUCUGCCAGGAGGUCGGUGUGAAGCGCCGCGUCCUCAAGGUCUGGAUGCACAACAACAAGCACACCCUCGCUCGCCGCCACGGCGACCCGCAGCACCAUCCCGGCGGCGGCCCGCCGCACCCGGAGCCCGGAGGGCCCGGUCGGAGCCCCAGCCCGUCCCCGCCGCAGCUCCUGCUCGAGUAGCCAACACCCAACAGCAUUGAUCAAGACGGUGCUGACGAAGCACCCACUGAUGACGACCACUUCACUCUAGCUCUUGUUAAUUCUAGCGUAGCAGCAUUGCAUUCCACUGUUCCAUCCAUCAACCAAACUGAUGCUUAAUUUCCAUGGAUUUUCUUCUUGAUGUAUGUCUCUAGCUCUUCCUUUUCUUUUCUUUUAUCUUUCUGAUGUCUCUAACUUGCUGUCAUGUUCUCGAGUGACUGAUGUGGGAGGUGAAACUGAAAAUCACUCCUAUUGUUCAUGUCUUAUGUGCCUUUCAUGGCCCUGUUCAUCCACCUGAUAACAUGACAUGAUCUGCAUGCUAUUCUUCAGUUCAGACAUGAGCUUACGAGUUCUUAAUUGUCAUUGGC